CCGUGAACUUCGGCGAUCAGUCACUUGUUCAGAGAACCAAAGGAUCAUUCGGAAUGCCGGCGCGGGUGAUGCCUGGGAGGAGCGAGCCAAGGAAGGAUGAUAAGGAUGUCGCCAUCCAUGAGCCGUCUCAACGCCUCGGUAUUGGAUAUAAAAAGCCUUGUGCCGUUGACGGGAGAAUUCAGCUUGCCUGUUUCCCCAGACAAUAUUGGUAUCACAACAUCAGGCACAGAAUUCCACAACGGACUAUCUUACUGACCACUCGGAGUUAAUUUGGAUCCACUGUUUGUGAUUUGGUGCGUUUGUUUGGGUGGUCUUUGAGAAUGUCCAUCUUCGGCCGCUCGACGUUCUCCUCUGCUGGGUAUGCUGCCUUUCGGCCCUCAUAUCCCUCGGUUCUUUACGACCGGGUGUUGAGAUUUCACGGCAAAGAGGCCCCUUCCUCCCCAUCACCAUCGUCGUCUUCGCCGGCAGCUGGAACACUGCUAGACCUUGGCUGCGGACAUGGCUUAGUGGCGCGCGCACUCGCUCCCUAUUUCAACCGUGUUAUCGCCCUUGAUCCUUCGGCCGGCAUGAUUGAACAGGCUCGCAAGCUAACCGGCGACAACUCCAAGAUUACGUUCAAGCAAGGCGGAGCCGAGGACCUUUCUUUCCUUGACGACAAUGCCGUUGACUGUGUGGUUGCUGGCCAAGCGGCGCAUUGGUUUGACUACUCCAAGGUCUGGCCAGCACUUGCACGGGUCGUGAAGCGCGGCGGAACCCUGGCUUUCUGGGGUUACAAGGACCACAUCAUCGUUGGGCGGCCGGAAACAACGCCCAUCUUUGACAGGUUCAUCUACGGCGAGACAGAGCCGGUGCCGGGCGUGGAAAGCAUGAUGUGCUUUUGGGAACAACCCGGCCGGAACAUAUUACGGGAUUCACUGCGGGAGGUGGUCCCUCCCGAGAGGGAAUGGGAACAUGUGGUCCGUAUUGCUUGGGAUCCCAAUCGUGAGACGGGCGACAUUAGCGAUGCUCCGGAAGAGGCCACUUGGUUGCGUCGGAGGCUCAAGUUGGGCGAGUUGGCGAGCUAUAUUCGCACGUUCAGUGCCUUCAGUGGUUGGGGAAGCGCCCAUCCCCAGAUGAAGUGCAGGGCGGACGGAGGAGAGGGCGACAUUGUUGACUUGAUGUUUGACGAGGUUGUUGCUGCGGUGCCGGAAUGGAAAGCGGCGGGGGAUCGAUGGGCCGAAAUCGAGGUUGAUGCUAUUUGGGGAACCGUUUUGUUGAUGGCGAAGAGACGAUGAACUGGAAAGGUAGUGUACAAUUAAGUGUGGUGAAGAGACGAUACUGUACAGUGGUGGUGGCUGACGUUGAACCUGCUAUCCGGGCAGUAUCACCGGCCCCCUUGCGUAACCAAGGUGCUCUCUGUCAGUAGAUGUCUCUCUCGAUUGAGCUAGCGGGCAUGCAGUGCUGCUGUAUCGCGAGUUGUCACCAGUGCCAGUGGGUGGUUGCCCUCCAUUGGCUGCCACCGCGACCGGGAUGCGGGCGCAUAAGGUCGGGUACUGCGUAAUGGCACAGACCAGUCAGCGCAACUCCCUGUCCGCAGCUCAUUUCGCGGCGGGAAGGGAAGCCCAAAUCGAUCGCCCACUCCUUUUGCA